AUGCCCAAGAGCAGGUGGCCAAACCGCAACACAGAGAGCACCGGCGCCUGGUUUGCUCAUGUUGGAGAAUGCCAGGGCCAGCUGGAGUCCACCACACACUCUGCGCAGAGGCAGGGCCAGGACCUGCAGGCAGCACAGAGCACGGAGGAUAGGCUGCCACCUGUGUUCCGGGCAAGGGAACAGUGUGCGGUGAACAACAACUUCCCAUUUUCUUCUCAUGACAACAGACACUGUCUACAGAAUGUAGGAGAGUAUUUUGAUUUUGGUUUGGGCCGAAGGAAGGUGGAACCACAGAGAAGGCAGCAGAACUCACAGAACUUCUUCGAGUGGGCUUCUGAAUCAGUUAAAAGGAGUGAAGAUGGCUUAACCAUUUAUCAAACAUCAUUUGUGAAAGACAAGAGCCCAUUCUCUAGGCAGUACCCAAAGCACUUCUCAGAAAAAUCUUGCACUGACAAAGCCCGUUCCUCAGAAUGA